AUGGAGACCGCGCUAGCAAAAACGCCACAGAAAAGGCAAGUUGUCUUUCUUGUUAUAUUGUUGUUUUUGUGGGAGGCUGGCUCGGAAGCAAUUAGGUACUCGGUGCCAGAAGAGAUGGAAAGUGGCUCCUUUGUGGCCAACCUGGCUAAGGACCUGGGGCUCAGGGUGGGGGAACUGGCCACGCGGGGCGCGCGAAUCCAUUACAAAGGAAACAGACAGCCCUUGCAGCUCGAUAUAAAGACAGGGGAUUUGCUUCUAUAUGAAAAACUAGACCGGGAGGUGCUGUGCGGGACUAUAGAUCCCUGUAUUCUGCAAUUCCAACUGUUACUGGAAAAGCCGGUGCAGUUUUUUCAAGCUGAUCUGCAGCUCACGGAUAUAAAUGACCAUUCCCCAGAGUUCCCAGACAGGGAAAUGCUCCUAAAAAUCCCAGAGAGCGUCCAGCCAGGGACUGUGUUUCCUUUGAAAACGGCUCAGGACUUUGACAUAGGUAGCAACACUGUUCAGAACUACUCAAUCAGCCCCAACCCCCAUUUUCAUAUUGUCACUCAUAAUUUCGGAGAUGGUAGAAAAUACCCCGAGCUGGUGCUAGACAAAGCGCUGGAUCGGGAGGAGCAGCCUGAGCUCAGUUUAACACUCACAGCGCUAGAUGGUGGGGCUCCGCCCAGAUCAGGGACCACUGCCCUCCACAUCAAAGUCCUGGACAUCAAUGACAACCCCCCUGAAUUUCUACAGCCUCUUUAUGAGGCACAGGUCCCAGAAAACAGCGCCCUAAACUCCUUAAUUGUCACUGUCGCCGCUAAAGAUUCAGAUGCCGGAACGUAUGGGAAAGUAGUUUACACUCUGUUCCAAGGCGAUGAAGUUACUCAGCCAUUUGUAAUAGAUGAAACAACAGGAGAAAUUCGUCUGAAAAGGACAUUGGAUUUCGAGGCAAUUCAAUAUUAUAACAUGCAAAUUGCAGCCACAGACGGUGGAGGUCUUUCAGGGAAAUGCUCUGUAGCUAUCCAGGUGCUGGAUGUGAAUGACAACCCUCCUGAGCUAACCCUGUCCAAAGUGGCCAGCUCGAUCCCAGAAAACUCCCCAGAGACUGUAGUUGCGGUUUUCAGUGUUUCUGAUCCAGAUUCCGGGGACAAUGGCAGGAUGGUUUGCUCCAUCCAGGACGAUAUUCCGUUUCUCUUGAAACCCACAUUCAAGAACUUUUACACCCUAGUGACAGAGAGGCCACUGGACAGGGAGAGCAGAGCUCAGUAUAACGUCACCAUCACCGUCACCGACAUGGGCACCCCCAGGCUGAAAACCCAGCACAAUAUCACCCUGCUGGUCUCUGACGUCAACGACAACGCCCCCGCCUUCACCCAGCCCUCCUACAGCCUGUCCCUCCGCGAGAACAACAGCCCCGCCCUGCACUUCGGCAGCGUCAGCGCCACAGACAGGGACGCGGGAGCCAACGCCCAGCUCACCUACUCGCUGCUGCCGCCCCGGGACCCGCGCCUGCCCCUGGCCUCGCUGGUGGCCAUCAACGCGGACACCGGCCAGCUGUUCGCGCUGCGGGCGCUGGACUUCGAGGCGCUGCGUGCGUUCGAGUUCGGCGUGGGCGCCACGGACCGCGGGGCGCCCGCGCUGAGCAGCCAGGCGCUGGUGCGCGUGCAGGUGCUGGACGCCAACGACAACGCGCCCUCCGUGCUGUACCCGCCGCACAACGGCUCCGCGCCCUGCACCGAGCUGGUGCCCAGGGCGGCCGAGCCGGGCUACCUGGUGAGCAAGGUGGUGGCGGUGGACGCCGACUCGGGCCAGAACGCCUGGCUGUCGUUCCAGCUGCUCAGGGCCACGGAGCCCGGGCUGUUCGGCGUGUGGGCGCACAAUGGCGAGGUGCGCACGGCGCGGCCGCUGGGCGAGCGCGACGCGGCCAGGCACAGGCUGGUGGUGCUGGUCAGGGACCAUGGCGAGCCCGCGCUGUCCGCCAGCGUCACGCUGCACGUGCUGCUGGUGGACGGCUUCUCGCAGCCCUACCUGCCGCUGCCCGAGGCGGCGGCCGAGCAGGCGCGGGCGGAUCCGCUGACCGUGUACCUGGUGGUGGCGCUGGCGGCGGUGUCGUCGCUGUUCCUGUUCUCGGUGCUGGCGUUGGUGGCGGUGCGGCUGUGCAGGCGGAGCAGGGCGGCCUGGGCGGGUGGCUGCUCGGUGCCUGAGGGCCACCUUCCUGGCCACCUGGUGGACGUGAGCGGUACUGGGACCCUGUCCCAGAGCUACCAGUAUGAGGUGUGUCUGAUGGGAGGCUCAGGGGCCAGCGAGUUCAAGUUCCUCAAACCCAUUCUUCCCAACUUCCUUGCGCCUGGUGAGGAAAGGGCUAAUGAGGCACACCCCAGUUUCAGGAACAGCUCUGAAUUCAGUUAA